AUGUAUAACAAAGCAUACGUCUCAGAAGUUGGAAGGAGAGUGUCGCUGCACAGCUGUUUGAUCGGGUUCAAGUUGUCCCAAAGCCACUUCUGCGUUGUCUUGGCUGUUGAGCUCAGGUGCAUCCUGCACAGCUAUUUCCAGGUGCACCCCGCACAGCUAUUUCCAGGUGCACCCCGCACUGCUAUUUCCAGGUGCACCCCGCACUGCUAUUUCCAGGUGCACCCCGCACUGCUAUUUCCAGGUGCACCCCGCACUGCUAUUUCCAGGUGCACCCCGCACUGCUAUUUCCAGGUGCACCCCGCACUGCUAUUUCCAGGUGCACCCCGCACUGCUAUUUCCAGGUGCACCCCGCACUGCUAUUUCCAGGUGCACCCCGCACUGCUAUUUCCAGGUGCACCCCGCACUGCUAUUUCCAGGUGCACCCCGCACUGCUAUUUCCAGGUGCACCCCGCACUGCUAUUUCCAGGUUCAUCCCGCACAGCUAUUUCCAGGUUCAUCCCGCACAGCUAUUUCCAGGUGCAUCCCGCACAGCUAUUUCCAGGUGCACCCCGCACUGCUAUUUCCAGGUUCAUCCUGCACAGCUAUUUCCAGGUGCAUCCUGCACAGCUAUUUCCAGGUGCACCCUGCUUAGCUAUUUCCAGGUGCAUCCUGCACAGCUAUUUCCAGGUGCACCCUGCACAGCUAUUUCCAGGUGCAUCCUGCACAGCUAUUUCCAGGUGCACCCUGCACAGCUAUUUCCAGGUGCACCCUGCACAGCUAUUUCCAGGUGCACCCUGCACAGCUAUUUCCAGGUGCACCCUGCACAGCUAUUUCCAGGUGCAGAGAUGUUUGAUCGGGUUCAAGUUGCCCCAAGGAGGCCUGUAGGGAUCAGGAGAAUAAGAACAGCCUCAGAAAGACAUACUAUUUUACUUGUUCCCUUUGUACAAAAAUAGUUUUGUGAAUUAUACAGAUUGACUUGUGUUUUUAAAAUUAUUUUCUCAGUUUGUGUGUAAGACUCUGAAAAAAAAAAACAUACACAAUGACGACAGAAGUAGAAAUGAGAGCGAGAGAGAAUUAGGUACAGGGAGCGCUGCACCCCUGUGUCACUCACAGUACAGUCCCUCCCCCGCCUGCUACAGCCUCUAUUGUUUUAUCAGCUACAGUUAAUAAAGUAGCUUAAAAAAGAGACUUUUCUGCUGCUUCCCUCACCAGGAUCAAGCUGGGUGUGAUUUCAACCAGGUCUAUAUGGGACGGAUCUAGUUGUCCUCGGGUCCGUUCAGAACAGGCCUCGAUCUUAAAAUUAUAUAUAUUUAUGCAUAUCGGGUCCAAAUGAGAAAGUCCCAGGUCCAUUUCAGAACGGGUCCAACUUUUUGGACCAUUGAAGACUUCUGAUGCAAAUCUGCCUUCCUCACCCUCUUUCCCCCUCAGGCACAGAGAGCAUACAGCGAGACCCUGCGUACAGCCAGACGCUGCGUACAGCCAGACCCUGCGUACAGCCAGACCCUGCGUACAGCCAGACCCUGCGUACAGCCAGACCCUGCGUACAGCCAGACCCUGCGUACAGCCAGAC